AUGCACGUCUCUGGACUUUCUGCUUUGGCUUUAGCUGGCGCACUAGCCAACGCCGCUAAAGGUCCUUUCCUCGAACAAAUCAACGACUCGACCUGGGUCAUCGGAAAUGAUCACUGGAAUUUGACUCAAGGAUCAAUCUACGCAACCAAGUUAUUCUGGGAGGGUGUACCGGGAGCCGAUCUUGUGGGUUCGGCCGUCGGCCACUAUGUCGGCUACGACGGGGAGAACAACCUUAAAUUCACGAAUGCCACCAUUGCUUCUCGGGGAACAAAUUACAUCGAUGUUAGCUUCUCUUCUGCUGCUGGAGACUUUCACUGGGUCAUCUUCGAUGACCUGACCGGCGCGUACCAGUACUUUGUCAAUCGGGCUCUCCCUGACAUCAGCAUUCUCCGGACUUUGUGGAGGUUGGCCCCCGAGAUAUUUCUCAACGGUCGCACGCAUCUGAAGGAUGAGCCCCUGCCCGACUUCUCGCUCUACGCCAACGCAACCAAUGUCCAGGAUGAGACCUGGCAACUGGCUGACGGGUCUUUUAUCACCAAGUAUGACUGGUCGAACGCAGUCAGGGAUCGCGAUUUUUACGGAAUCUACGGACCCAAGGCCGGGUCCUGGUUCAUUCACCCUUCAACGGAAUACUAUAACAGCGACCAUUUAAGCCAAACCUUGACGGUCCACCGGGAGUCCAAGACUGGGGAUGCUGUCCAGCUCAAUGUUGUUCAGGACACUUCGCACUUCCGGGUCGGUCAAACGGUGGCUCAACCGGCAGGCAAGGUCUGGGGACCUUGGCUCUGGUAUCUGAACAAUGGAGAUGUUGCGGAUGCCGCACAAAGGCGCCAGGAAGAGGUCAAACACGUCCCCUACACCUGGUUUAAGGACGCAGCCUACCACUCUCGUGGUGGAGUGCAGGGAACUCAAACACUCUCCGAUGGUCGCCCUGCUUCUGGCGCUGCAGUGUUCCUCGGCGACACCGACACAGCCAUCCGCCCGUCGAUCCAGGGCAAGAAUUACUACUACACCACCUAUACCAACGACAAAGGACGCUUCUACUUUGAUAAGGUUCGCAGCGGUUCCUAUGCCGUUUAUACUACAUCCAAUGGCGGAAAGCUUGCCGACGUGUAUACCAACUUCACCGCUCCCGUGACCAUCGUCAAAGACAAGACUCUCAACCUUGGCCAGCUCACCUGGAACGUUCCUACGGGUAAGCACAUCUUCCAAGUCGGUGAGUUCGACAAGAAGGCCAACGGCUUCAAAAACGGCGGCGUUCCGUACCAGCACGGUGUGGCGGCCCAAAGCCCUGCGAACCUGACUUUCACCGUCGGUAAGUCUCAGAACUCGGACUGGUACUUUGCGCAGUCCGCCAUCGGAAAAUGGACUAUCGAGUUCAAUCUUCCUGUGGGUGAUAUUUCCGCCAACCGAACUGCUCUGUUGAGCGUCUCUUUGGCUGGGUACUCGCAGAGUACGGCGCUGGACAUUGACGUCAACGGCCAGGUCUACGCUUCCCUGAGUAAGGACAGUCUGACGAGCGAUCCGUCUCUGUACCGGUCAGGCAAAUUCAGCGGCGAAUGGAGGUUCUUCCAAUACAAGAUCGAUACCGACGUUCUUAAGGCUGGAAAGAAUACGGUCGGUUUCACGGUCACUCGGUACACCCAGUGGAGAGGGUUCCUAUGGGACAGCAUCAUUUUGGAAUGGAGUUAA